UAACUAGAGUUUCACAUGAGGCUACAAGACAAUUUACAGCGAUUUUGACAAACUAUAGUGAACUAAAAAAAUUCGGUGCCAGAAGAUGUUUUGCUGAUGUAGACCACGUGCUCCUGGAGUCUCCCAGUAGCGGUACCAGUAGACGAUAUUCUACUGAUAUACUCGGGAAGCUCUCCUCUCUGGUCAGGCUUAAGGGUGACGUUACUAUGAAGCAAUUCAGCUCCAUUGCUCCUGUCCUCUACCAACUUCCAAAGCUAAAUCAU